AUGGCAUCAAUCCGGUGCUGCAUCCUGGUCAAAGCUUCCGUCUGCAAUGUUCCCGGACAUAUACCUCCGAAUCUGGUCUUUUCUUACCGGACAUCCCUCCCGGCAGCAGAAGGAGGCAACCGCCAGAUAAAGAUCAUGGAAGGGGUGAUGAGAACCGGGGGGAUUCCAUGCAUCAGCUGGAAGAGCGUGCAACCACCGGAGCGCAUCCGUGAGGGAGUUUGA